AUGACUCUUUUUGUAGCCCUUAUCGAUGAAAUAACAAUAAGUGGUAGUGUUGGCUUGUCAGUUCAUGGGCUCUAUCGAGUCAUAACCGAACGUACAAUAUUUGCCAUGCCAAAAACAUCUAUAGGUCUGUAUCCGAAUGUAGAAGGAUCGUACUUUUUACUACGAUUGAAAGGUAGACUGGGCAUAUAUUUAGGCCUUACAGAGAAUAGAUUAAAAGGUAAAGAUGUUUAUUUUGCUGCAAUAGCUACCCACUAUAUUCGAUCACAAGAUAUCUGCGAAUUAGAAGAGAAAUUUAUUAGUCAAGAUAAUAUUACGGAUCGUAUAAAUCGAGAAAUUCUAAAUCAAUAUCACAUGAAGAAUGACGGAGACCAAAGAUUUUAUGAAGGAGCUAAAGCUGUAUUAAUCGAUCGUGACCAUAACCCAAAAUGGGAUCCUGCCACGCUUGAAGAGGUCACUGAUGAAAAUAUCAACGCUCAAUUUAAGCCAAGUGAUGAUGGAGAUCUGAUAUUGCCCAGGCAGCAAUUCUUGUAA